AAAACCACUGACAGCAGCACUGAGGUAUAUUCAGUCAUGAUGGCUCUUUUCUGGUGUUGUGUGCUGCUUUCUUUCCUGGUGGCUGCCAGUUUAGCAAAUGCAGAAUUAAAACUGGAUUGUAAACCUGGUCACGUGACCCUGGUUUGGAUGGACAGCAGAUCUCAGGCUGAUACUUCACUGUUUCGUCUUGGUAGCUGCUUUCCCACCAGCUUCACAUCAAGGGAUGUGUUCUUCAGUGUGGAAUUCAAUAACUGUGACUUCAGGAGACUUGUUACUGGGAAUGAGCUUAAUUACACCAAUGAGUUGAUCUACCCUUCCUACCCUGGUUCUCAUGUCCUUCCCUUCACUCUCCCAGUAGUUUGUUCAUAUGAAAGGCCCAAAGACUGGUACCCCUUGCUUUAUGAGCCAGUUUUUUCUACAUUUGGUGUUGAACAACUGGUGUUCCAUAUUGGAAUUAUGAAUGAUGACUUUUCAGGUCCUGCUGAAUCUACAAGUUUCCAUUUGGGUUCCUUGAUCCCCAUCAUGGCCAGUGUGGAGCAGCAGACUCAUCAGCCCUUGCUGGUGCUGCUUGACGAAUGCGUUGCUGCCACCACACCAGAUCUGCAGUCUGGAAGUGAUUUGUAUCCAAUUAUCACCAAUAAGGGAUGUCUUGUGGAUAGUAAGACUUCACGAUCAAAAUUUGAACCAAGACAGAAGUCUUCAGAGAUUCGGCUAUCCCUUCAAGCCUUUAGGUUUGCUCUGGAGCAGGAGGUAUAUAUCCACUGCAGCAUUGUGGCUUGGGACCCCCAUGGACUUGACAACACCAAGAAGGCCUGCCACUAUGUGAAAGAUCAUGGGUGGGAGUUGCUGGAUGACCAUGUAUCUAGUGGCAUCUGCGCAUGCUGUGACUCCACCUGCAAGACAAGAAAGACAAGAAGUCUCUCAGGGAAUGCUGGCUUGGUACAACAGGCAGUCAUUGGACCACUCACCAUCACUGACCUGAUGUCCUGAGAUGGGGCAAAACUGGAUAAUGGACUGGCACUUGAUCUGACUUAUUUUAAAAUCUUGAUUCUGCAAGCUCUUGCAUUUAAGAUCUGGUAUUAAAGAUGUCUCAAACCACUCUA